AUGGAAGAACAUUCGCGAAGGCCGCAUUCCUUGGUGGCAGAUCGCACACUCUUCGCCAGCCAUUCGUCAAAACGGGAGGCACAGCCAAGCCCGAAACCUCUCGAAGGACAGACAACACCGUCUCCCGCUCUUCGUCUCGCUGCUUUUGCCUUCGGAAGGUCUAAACCAGAUCGGAGCGAGCAGAGAACCGCGCAGCACCGCUCAGCACAGCAGCACAGAUCGCAGCACCGCACGAUGCUCUUCUGGGGUGUGGAGGUGAAGCAGGGCGAGCCAAUCGUUUGCGACCCUGAAGAUGGUACCGGAGGGCCGCUCCACAUCUCCCAGGCUGUCCUCGGGCCUGAUUGUCCCCUCAAGAAACGCGUCCUCGUGCAAGUCAGGGUGCUAGCCACGCACGAAGAAGGAGAGGAGGAGGAGGAGGAUGGGGAGGAGGGAGAAGAGAAGGAGAGGGAAGCAGAGGGAACACCGAAGGGCAAGGGAAGCCCGGGGGGGAAGGCAAGUCCGGGGGGUAAGGGCACUCCUGCAGGCGGAAAGGGGAGCCCUGCUGCUGGGAAGGGGAGCCCUGGGAGCAAGAGCCAUAGUCACUGCGCCGUGAACGGCUGCUGUGAGCCUAAGGGCAAGGGCCAUAGUCACGGAGCUGGUGCUGCUGGUUCUGCUGCUCCUGGUGCUGCGGCUGAUGCUGGCCGUCCGAUCAUGAUCUGCUCGCUGACUGCAGGCGGCGCCAUGGAAUCCUGUCCGUUGGAUCUGAUGAUGGACGAGCCGUUCGAGAUCAGCCUGGUAGUGCCUGGGGAGGUUGAAGGGGCUGGUAGAAAUUGCUCGGUCCAUUUGUCAGGGUAUUACAUGGCUGAGGGUGUGAUGGGAGGGGAGGAGGAAGGGGAGGAGGGAGAGGAGAGCGAGGAGGAGGGGGAGGAGGGAAAGGAGGUGGAUACGGACGAGGAGGAUGCUCACCUUGCUGGCCUUCCUUUUGUCCCCAAUCCCCUUCAUUCCCCAUUGUCCCUCCUAUCUCUCUGUCCCCCCUUUUUCUCUGUCCUUCAUUUCUCUCUCUCCCCCCUUUCUCUCUGUCCGUACUUUCUCUCUGUCCCUCCUUUCCCUCUGUCCCUCCUUUCUCUCUGUCCCUCCUUUCUCUCUGUCCCUCCUUUCCCUCUGUCCCUCCUGUCUCUGUUCCUCCGUUCUCUCUUCCUUGUUUGCAUCAUCACGCCACGCGAUUCUUACUUCAACUUCUUCUUAUUUCCCUGCCCCGCACAACGUUCUUCUUAUUUCCCUGCCCCGCACAACGUUCUUCUUAUUUCCCUGCCCCGCACAGCGUUCUUCUUAUUUCCCUGCCCCGCACAGCGUUCUUCUUAUUUCCCUGCCCCGCACAGCGUUCUUAUUUCCCUGCCCCGCACAGCGUUCUUCUUAUUUCCCUGCCCCGCACAACGUUCUUCUUAUUUCCCUGCCCCGCACAGCGUUCUUCUUAUUUCCCUGCCCCGCACAGCGUUCUUCUUAUUUCCCUGCCCCGCACAGCGUUCUUCUUAUUUCCCUGCCCCGCACAGCGUUCUUCUUAUUUCCCUGCCCCGCACAGCGUUCUUCUUAUUUCCCUGCCCCGCACAGCGUUCUUCUUAUUUCCCUGCCCCGCACAGCGUUCUUCUUAUUUCCCUGCCCCGCACAGCGUUCUUCUUAUUUCCCUGCCCCGCACAGCGUUCUUCUUAUUUCCCUGCCCCGCACAGCGUUCUUCUUAUUUCCCUGCCCCGCACAGCGUUCUUCUUAUUUCCCUGCCCCGCACAGCGUUCUUCUUAUUUCCCUGCCCCGCACAGCGUUCUUCUUAUUUCCCUGCCCCGCACAGCGUUCUUCUUAUUUCCCUGCCCCGCACAGCGUUCUUCUUAUUUCCCUGCCCCGCACAGCGUUCUUCUUAUUUCCCUGCCCCGCACAGCGUUCUUCUUAUUUCCCUGCCCCGCACAGCGUUCUUCUUAUUUCCCUGCCCCGCACAGCGUUCUUCUUAUUUCCCUGCCCCGCACAGCGUUCUUCUUAUUUCCCUGCCCCGCACAGCGUUCUUCUUAUUUCCCUGCCCCGCACAACGUUCUUCUUAUUUCCCUGCCCCGCACAGCGUUCUUCUUAUUUCCCUGCCCCGCACAGCGUUCUUCUUAUUUCCCUGCCCCGCACAGCGUUCUUCUUAUUUCCCUGCCCCGCACAGCGUUCUUCUUAUUUCCCUGCCCCGCACAACGUUCUUCUUAUUUCCCUGCCCCGCACAGCGUUCUUCUUAUUUCCCUGCCCCGCACAGCGUUCUUCUUAUUUCCCUGCCCCGCACAGCGUUCUUCUUAUUUCCCUGCCCCGCACAGCGUUCUUCUUAUUUCCCUGCCCCGCACAGCGUUCUUCUUAUUUCCCUGCCCCGCACAGCGUUCUUCUUAUUUCCCUGCCCCGCACAGCGUUCUUCUUAUUUCCCUGCCCCGCACAGCGUUCUUCUUAUUUCCCUGCCCCGCACAGCGUUCUUCUUAUUUCCCUGCCCCGCACAGCGUUCUUCUUAUUUCCCUGCCCCGCACAGCGUUCUUCUUAUUUCCCUGCCCCGCACAGCGUUCUUCUUAUUUCCCUGCCCCGCACAGCGUUCUUCUUAUUUCCCUGCCCCGCACAGCGUUCUUCUUAUUUCCCUGCCCCGCACAGCGUUCUUCUUAUUUCCCUGCCCCGCACAGCGUUCUUCUUAUUUCCCUGCCCCGCACAGCGUUCUUCUUAUUUCCCUGCCCCGCACAGCGUUCUUCUUAUUUCCCUGCCCAGCACAGCGUUUUUCUUAUUUCCCUGCCCCGCACAGCGUUCUUCUUAUUUCCCUGCCCCGCACAGCGUUCUUCUUAUUUCCCUGCCCCGCACAGCGUUCUUCUUAUUUCCCUGCCCCGCACAGCGUUCUUCUUAUUUCCCUGCCCCGCACAGCGUUCUUCUUAUUUCCCUGCCCCGCACAGCGUUCUUCUUAUUUCCCUGCCCCGCACAGCGUUCUUCUUAUUUCCCUGCCCCGCACAGCGUUCUUCUUAUUUCCCUGCCCCGCACAGCGUUCUUCUUAUUUCCCUGCCCCGCACAGCGUUCUUCUUAUUUCCCUGCCCCGCACAGCGUUCUUCUUAUUUCCCUGCCCCGCACAGCGUUCUUCUUAUUUCCCUGCCCCGCACAGCGUUCUUCUUAUUUCCCUGCCCCGCACAGCGUUCUUCUUAUUUCCCUGCUCCGCACAGCGUUCUUCUUAUUUCCCUGCUCCGCACAACGUUCUUCUUAUUUCCCUGCUCCGCACAACGUUCUUCUUAUUUCCCUGCCCCGCACAACGUUCUUCUUAUUUCCCUGCCCCGCACAGCGUUCUUCUUAUUUCCCUGCCCCGCACAGCGUUCUUAUUUCCCUGCCCCGCACAGCGUUCUUCUUAUUUCCCUGCCCCGCACAGCGUUCUUCUUAUUUCCCUGCCCCGCACAGCGUUCUUCUUAUUUCCCUGCCCCGCACAGCGUUCUUCUUAUUUCCCUGCCCCGCACAGCGUUCUUCUUAUUUCCCUGCCCCGCACAGCGUUCUUCUUAUUUCCCUGCCCCGCACAGCGUUCUUCUUAUUUCCCUGCCCAGCACAGCGUUUUUCUUAUUUCCCUGCCCCGCACAGCGUUCUUCUUAUUUCCCUGCCCCGCACAGCGUUCUUCUUAUUUCCCUGCCCCGCACAGCGUUCUUCUUAUUUCCCUGCCCCGCACAGCGUUCUUCUUAUUUCCCUGCCCCGCACAGCGUUCUUCUUAUUUCCCUGCCCCGCACAGCGUUCUUCUUAUUUCCCUGCCCCGCACAGCGUUCUUCUUAUUUCCCUGCCCCGCACAGCGUUCUUCUUAUUUCCCUGCCCCGCACAGCGUUCUUCUUAUUUCCCUGCCCCGCACAGCGUUCUUCUUAUUUCCCUGCCCCGCACAGCGUUCUUCUUAUUUCCCUGCCCCGCACAGCGUUCUUCUUAUUUCCCUGCCCCGCACAGCGUUCUUCUUAUUUCCCUGCCCCGCACAGCGUUCUUCUUAUUUCCCUGCCCCGCACAGCGUUCUUCUUAUUUCCCUGCCCCGCACAGCGUUCUUCUUAUUUCCCUGCUCCGCACAGCGUUCUUCUUAUUUCCCUGCUCCGCACAACGUUCUUCUUAUUUCCCUGCUCCGCACAACGUUCUUCUUAUUUCCCUGCCCCGCACAACGUUCUUCUUAUUUCCCUGCCCCGCACAGCGUUCUUCUUAUUUCCCUGCCCCGCACAGCGUUCUUAUUUCCCUGCCCCGCACAGCGUUCUUCUUAUUUCCCUGCCCCGCACAGCGUUCUUCUUAUUUCCCUGCCCCGCACAGCGUUCUUCUUAUUUCCCUGCCCCGCACAGCGUUCUUCUUAUUUCCCUGCUCCGCACAACGUUCUUCUUAUUUCCCUGCUCCGCACAACGUUCUUCUUAUUUCCCUGCUCCGCACAACGUUCUUCUUAUUUCCCUGCCCCGCACAGCGUUCUUCUUAUUUCCCUGCCCCGCACAGCGUUCUUCUUAUUUCCCUGCCCCGCACAGCGUUCUUCUUAUUUCCCUGCCCCGCACAGCGUUCUUCUUAUUUCCCUGCCCCGCACAGCGUUCUUCUUAUUUCCCUGCCCCGCACAGCGUUCUUCUUAUUUCCCUGCCCCGCACAGCGUUCUUCUUAUUUCCCUGCUCCGCACAGCGUUCUUCUUAUUUCCCUGCUCCGCACAACGUUCUUCUUAUUUCCCUGCUCCGCACAACGUUCUUCUUAUUUCCCUGCCCCGCACAGCGUUCUUCUUGUUUCCCUGCCCCGCACAGCGUUCUUCUUAUUUCCCUGCCCCGCACAGCGUUCUUCUUAUUUCCCUGCCCCGCACAGCGUUCUUCUUAUUUCCCUGCCCCGCACAGCGUUCUUCUUAUUUCCCUGCCCCGCACAGCGUUCUUCUUAUUUCCCUGCUCCGCACAACGUUCUUCUUAUUUCCCUGCUCCGCACAGCGUUCUUCUUAUUUCCCUGCUCCGCACAACGUUCUUCUUAUUUCCCUGCUCCGCACAACUGCGUAUAGUGGAAAUUACGGACGAGGAGCAGGCAGCAGGGAAGGCGGCUGUAGCGGCUGUAGCAGCUCUCCCAAACGCGGAACCCGUGGUUCAGGAGCCCAAUGCUGCUGCUGGCGGCACUGCCAAGGGGAAUAGGGGCGCUGCAAAGGAUAAGAAGCAGCAGGGACAGCAGGAGAAGGGGCAGGAGCAGGGGAAGGGGGCAGCGGCAGGGGCAACAGGGGCGGAGAAGAGGAAAGGAGAGGCGGGCGCAGCAGGAGGGGAAGCAGCAGCAGCGGCACCACCCGGAAAGAAGAGUCGUGUGGCCGAGCAAAAGUAUGACCACUGA